GACAUUAAUGGGAGCCUUGAAAUUAAAUCUUGGUGGUGCUCCUGAAGGACCUGCUGGGACCGGCAAAACAGAAACAAUAAAAGACCUAGCAAAAGCACUAGCUAAGCAGUGUGUGGUCUUUAAUUGCUCUGAUGGUCUCAAUUACAAGGCAAUGGGCAAGUUCUUUAAGGGGCUGGCACAAUCGGGUGCAUGGUCCUGCUUUGACGAGUUCAAUAGAAUUGAGGUUGAAGUAUUAUCUGUAGUUGCCCAGCAGAUACUUAGCAUCCAGCAAGCUAUUAUUCGCAAACUCAAAACAUUCAUCUUUGAAGGGACAGAGAUCUCACUUAAUCCUGCAUGUGCUGUGUUUAUCACGAUGAAUCCUGGGUAUGCUGGAAGGGCAGAGCUUCCUGAUAAUCUGAAGGCACUGUUUCGAACAGUUGCCAUGAUGGUUCCAGAUUAUGCUUUGAUUGGAGAAAUUUCCCUUUAUUCAAUGGGAUUUCUGGACUCUCGGAGCCUUGCCCAGAAAAUUGUUGCCACUUACCGUUUGUGCUCUGAGCAGCUGUCAUCUCAGCAUCACUAUGAUUAUGGAAUGCGUGCUGUCAAAUCUGUCCUGACAGCAGCAGGAAACUUAAAACUGAGGUACCCUACUGAAAAUGAAAGCGUAUUGUUACUUCGGGCACUGCUGGAUGUUAACUUGGCCAAAUUCUUGGCACAGGAUGUGCCAUUGUUUCAGGGCAUCAUAUCUGACCUGUUUCCUGGAGUGGUUCUUCCUAUGCCAGACUAUGACCUGCUUGUCAAGGCACUAACUGAAAAUAUGAAAAAAAUGGAUCUUCAACCAGUUCCAUGGUUCAUUGGAAAAAUUAUUCAGAUAUAUGAAAUGAUGCUGGUGCGCCAUGGGUUCAUGAUUGUUGGAGAACCUUUGAGUGGGAAGACCUGUGCGUACAAAGUGCUAGCUGGAGCCCUUGGUGAUUUGUGUGCAGCCAAAUCCAUGGAUGAAUUUGCUGUUGAAUACAAAGUUAUUAAUCCCAAAGCAAUUACUAUGGGACAGUUGUAUGGCAGUUUUGAUCCUGUAAACCAUGAGUGGACAGAUGGAGUUCUUGCAAAUGCCUUCAGGGAACAAGCAUCUUCUACCACAGAUGAUCGGAAGUGGAUUAUUUUUGAUGGCCCAGUGGAUGCAGUUUGGAUAGAGAACAUGAACACUGUGCUGGAUGAUAAUAAAAAGCUAUGCUUAAUGAGUGGUGAAAUAAUUCAGAUGAAUGCAAAAAUGAGUUUAAUCUUUGAGCCAGCAGACUUAGAAGAGGCCUCUCCAGCAACUGUCAGCAGGUGUGGUAUGAUCUAUAUGGACCCACAACAGUUAGGUUGGAAGCCACUGAAGGAUUCCUACAUGAAAACACUGCCUCCAAACCUGCAGGAGGAACAUCGAGAGCUGGUCAAUGACUUGUUUAUGUGGCUAGUCCAACCCUGUCUAGACUUUAUUCAACUUCACUGCAGAGCCAUUGUACAAACGUCCCCUAUACAUCUGAGUUACAGCUUGAUGAAACUCUAUACUUGUCUGCUUGAUGAAAUAAAGCAAUCCGAGGAAGAGGAGAAGGAAAACAUGUCUAGUCAGCAGAUCAUCUUAUGGCUGCAAGGGCUUUUCCUUUUUGCUUUGGUUUGGACAGUUGGUGGGGUCAUCGAUGCAGACAGCAGAAAGAAAUUUGAUUUGUUUUACCGCAACUUGCUAAAGGGAAGCAAUGAUGAAAACCCACGCCCUGAAAGGCUGAAGCUUACCAGAAACAAUAUCUUCCCGGAAAAAGGGAGUGUUUAUGACUUCUAUUUUAACAAGCAUGGCAGUGGGCAGUGGAACAUGUGGACGGAGUACAUCACAAAAGAAGAGCAGGUUAUCUGCCCAGGGGCUAAGGUAUCUGAGCUGAUCAUUCCAACAAUGGAAACCGCCAGACAAACGUUUUUUCUUAAAACAUAUGUGGACCAUAAUGUCCCUUUGCUUUUUGUGGGUCCCACUGGUACUGGAAAAUCAACUAUAACAAACAAUUUUCUACUACAACUUCCAAAGCAAAAAUACAUCCCAAGCUUCAUCAACUUCUCUGCAAGAACCUCUGCUAACCAAACCCAGGAUAUUAUUAUGUCCAGGCUGGACAGAAGAAGAAAAGGAUUAUUUGGACCUCCUUUGGGGAAAAAAGCUAUAAUAUUUGUGGAUGACCUCAACAUGCCUGCAAAGGAGGUGUAUGGAGCCCAGCCACCUAUUGAGCUGCUCCGGCAGUGGGUUGAUCAUGGUCACUGGUACGACAGGAAAGAAACAUCCAAGAUUAGUAUCAUCGAUGUGCUGCUUGUCUCAGCUAUGGGUCCACCUGGAGGAGGCAGGAAUGAUAUCACAGGACGCUUCACACGGCACUUGAAUAUUGUAUCUAUCCAUUCUUUUGAUGAUGACGUAUUGACCACGAUUUUUACUGCGGUUGCUGAUUGGCACUUCAGCAAAGGCUUUGAUCCUGUGUUUCUAAGGAUGGGAAAGAUGAUGGUCCAAGCCACAAUGGCGAUAUAUAAAAUGGCAGUUGAUAAUUUUCUUCCAACUCCUUCAAAAUCCCACUAUGUCUUUAAUCUACGGGAUUUUUCCAGGGUUAUUAAAGGAGUGCUGCUCUGUCCACAUACACAUUUGCAAGAUGGAGAUAAACUGAUCAGACUUUGGAUUCAUGAGGUUUACAGAGUUUUCUAUGAUCGCUUAGUUGAUGAGGAGGACAGGAAAGUAUUCUUUCAGAUGGUGCAAGAGACAACAUCAAAUAGCUUCAAGCAGAGCUUUAAUAAGGUACUGAGUCAUCUCUCACCUACUGGAAAAAUCUCUGACGAUAGUAUUCGCAACCUGUUCUUUGGAGACUAUUUGAAGCCGGACAGUAAUGUAAAAGUGUAUGAUGAAAUCACAGACUUAAAGCAACUGACAACUGUGAUGGAACACUACCUUGAGGAAUACAACGAUAUCAGCAAAGCACCAAUGUCCUUAGUCAUGUUCAAGUUUGCUGUUGAGCAUAUCUCAAGGAUAUGCAGGGUAUUGAAACAGGAUAACGGACAUCUGUUAUUGGUGGGGGUUGGCGGGAGUGGUCGACAGAGUGCUACCAAGCUGGCCACCUACAUGAAUACCUUUGAACUCUUCCAAGUUGAAAUGAUGAAGUCCUAUGGAAUCAGUGAAUGGAAAGAAGAUGUUAAACGUGUCAUGCUCAAAGCAGGUGUUGAUAACAAGAACAUAACCUUUUUGUUGUGUGAUAAUCAAAUAAAGGAUGAAGCAUUCUUAGAAGAUAUCAACAUGCUUUUAAAUACUGGUGAUGUGCCCAAUAUCUUUGCAACAGAUGAGAAAGCUGAAAUUCUUGAGAAAAUGCAAAAUGCAGCAAGGAUGGGGAACAGGAAAAUUGAAGACACUCCCCUUUCUAUGUACAAUUUCUUUAUUGAAAGGGUGAAGAAAAAUUUGCAUAUUGUCUUAGCCAUGACGCCUAUUGCAGAUGCAUUUCGGAAUCGAUUACGGAUGUUCCCUUCACUGAUAAACUGCUGCACCAUUGAUUGGUUCCAAACCUGGCCUUCAGAUGCUUUAGAAAUGGUUGCUAACAAGUUUUUAGAGGAUGUUGAACUUGAAGAUGACAUUAGAAAAGAGGUUGUGUCAAUGUGCAAGUAUUUCCAAGAAAGUGUGAGAGAGCUCUCCGUCAGCUAUUACACUACACUGCGAAGACACAACUAUGUGACACCAAGUUCAUACCUAGAAUUGAUUCUUACCUUUAAGACUCUGCUGAACAUCAAAAGGCAAGAAGUUGACGUGAUGAGAACUCGUUAUCUAAUGGGACUUCAAAAACUUGACUUUGCAUCUUCACAAGUUGCAGAGAUGCAGAAAGAACUGACUGCCCUUCAGCCUGAACUGAUUCAAACUUCUGCAGAAACGGACAAAAUGAUGAUCCAGAUUGAAAAGGAAACAACUGAAGUAGAUGCAAAGAAGGAACUAGUGUCAGCAGAUGAAAAAGAGGCGAAUGAAGCAGCAGCUGUUGCUAAAGCUAUUAAGGACGAAUGUGAAGGAGACCUUGCUGAGGCCAUGCCAGCUUUGGAGGCAGCACUUGCAGCUCUUGAUACCCUGAAUCCUUCAGAUAUCUCUCUUGUGAAAUCCAUGCAGAAUCCACCUGGUCCUGUUAAGCUUGUCAUGGAGAGUAUCUGUGUCAUGAAGGGAACUAAAGCGGAGAGAAAGCCUGAUCCACAUGGCAGUGGUAAAAUGAUAGAAGACUACUGGGGGCCAUCUAGAAAAAUUCUUGGAGAUCUGAAAUUCCUUGAGAGCUUGAAGACGUAUGACAAGGAUAAUAUUCCUCCUGCUAUAAUGAAGAGAAUUAGGGAGAGGUUUAUUGAUCAUCCACAUUUUCAGCCAGCUGUCAUAAAAAGUGUCUCGUCUGCCUGCGAAGGACUGUGCAAAUGGGUGCGAGCCAUGGAGGUAUAUGACCGUGUUGCGAAAGUGGUUGCCCCAAAGCGCGAACGUUUGAGAGCUGCGGAAGGAGUCCUCGACAUUCAAAUGCAGAAGCUAAAAACAAAACAAGCAGAACUUAAGGAGGUAGUUGAUCGUCUCCAAGCUUUGAAUGAUGAGUUUGAAAACAUGAAUGACCGGAAGAGAGAAUUAGAAAAUAAUAUUGAACUCUGUUCACAAAAGCUCGUGAGAGCUGAACAGCUAAUUAGUGGUCUUGGUGGAGAGAAAGAUAGGUGGACAGAAGCUGCACGAUUCUUAAGAACCCGGUACAUAGACCUUAUAGGAGAUGUGUUGUUAUCAUCAGGAACUGUGGCUUAUCUGGGAGCCUUUCCUGUUGAUUACCGUCUCAAAUGUCAAAAGCAAUGGCAGGUUCUCUGCAAUGAAAAGAACAUACCAUGCUCCAGUGAUUUUACCUUAAGUAAUACAUUAGGCGAUCCAGUCAAAAUCCGUGCGUGGCAGAUUGCUGGAUUGCCAGUUGAUUCUUUUUCUAUUGACAAUGGCAUAAUUGUUUCUAACUCAAGAAAAUGGGCUUUAAUGAUAGACCCUCAGAGGCAAGCUAACAAGUGGGUAAAAAAUAUGGAGAAAGCUAACAGGCUGUCAGUUAUCAAAUUAACUGACACACAUUAUGUGAGGACAUUAGAAAAUGCUAUCCAGCUUGGAACACCAGUCUUGCUAGAAAAUAUUGGUGAAGAACUUGAUGCUUUCAUAGAACCCAUUUUAUUAAAGCUAACAUUCAAACAACAAGGAGUAGAAUACAUGAAAUUAGGGGAAAAUAUAAUUGAAUAUUCAAGAGAUUUCAGGUUUUACAUAACAACCUGCUUAAGAAAUCCUCAUUAUCUUCCUGAAGUGGCUGUGAAAGUUUGUCUACUCAACUUCAUGAUUACACCUUUGGGUCUUCAGGAUCAACUUCUUGGAAUUGUAGCUGCAGAGGAAAAGCCUGAACUAGAAGAAAAGAAAAAUAAACUGAUUAUAGAAAGUGCAGCCAACAAGAAGCAGCUAAAGGAAAUAGAAGAUAAAAUCCUAGAGAUCCUUUCCAAUUCAGAAGGAAACAUCUUAGAAGAUGAAACGGCAAUUAAUAUUUUGUCUUCAUCCAAAGAGUUAUCUGAAGAAAUCUCUGAAAAACAAAAAAUUGCUUCUGUAACUGAGGUGCAAAUAGAUUCUACACGAAUGAGGUAUAAGCCAGUUGCUAGUCAUUCAGCUGUUGUCUUCUUCUGCAUCUCUGAUCUAGCAAACAUUGAACCUAUGUACCACUAUUCAUUGGUUUGGUUCAUUAACUUGUACAUCCAAUCAAUUGCUAAAAGCAAAAAGAGUGAAAAUCUAGAAAAGAGAAUUAAACACAUAACCGAGCAUUUCACCAUAAGCGUCUAUAACAAUGUCUGUCGUUCGUUGUUUGAGAAAGAUAAGCUGUUAUUCUCCUUCUUGCUGACAGCAAGCAUUAUGAAGGGAAAAGACCAAAUAGAUGAUGAGGUAUGGCGUUUCCUACUGACAGGAGGUGUUGCUCUUGAUAAUCCUUACCCCAACCCAGCUCCAGACUGGCUAUCUGACAAAUCAUGGGCUGAGCUUGUACGUGCAUCUAGUCUGACAAACCUCCAUGGGCUAAUGGAACAUGUAAGAGAGAAUUUUUCAAAGUGGAAACUCGUAUAUGACUCUGCAAGACCCCAUGAAGAAGCCUUCCCAGAUGCGUGGAGCACACUGAUGGGGUUAGAUCGCAUGGUUAUUCUCAGAUGUUUGAGACCUGACAAAAUUAUUCCAGCAGUGCAGGAGUUCAUUGUGGAAAAUAUGGGAAGAACAUUUAUUGAACCACCAACUUUUGAUCUUGGAAGAAGUUACAGUGAUUCAAAUUGUUGUGCCCCUUUGAUUUUUGUAUUAUCACCAGGUGCUGAUCCUAUGGCAGGUUUGCUAAAGUUUGCUGACGAUGUUGGCAUGGGAGGCGCGAGCAUUCGAACUAUUUCACUUGGACAGGGCCAGGGCCCAAUAGCAGCAAAAAUGAUUUAUCAAGCUAUUACUGAUGGAACGUGGGUAGUGUUACAAAACUGCCAUCUUGCAACCAGCUGGAUGCCUGCUUUGGAAAAAAUCUGCGAGGAAGUUAUGGUGCCUGAGAAUACCAAUGACAUGUUCAGGUUGUGGUUAACUAGUUAUCCAUCAGAAAGGUUUCCUGUUAGUAUCCUCCAGAAUGGCAUCAAAAUGACGAACGAGCCUCCAAAAGGAGUUAGAGCGAACCUUCUUCGGUCAUACCUUAAUGACCCCAUCUCUGACCCUGUGUUCUUUAGCAGUUGCCAGAAGCCAGAAAUGUGGCAAAAACUGCUGUUUGGGCUUUGCUUUUUUCAUGCUAUUGUGCAGGAAAGGAGAAGCUUUGGCCCACUGGGUUGGAAUAUUCCAUAUGAGUUCAACGAAUCUGAUCUCAGAAUCAGUAUGCAACAGAUCCAGAUGUUUCUGAAUGAAUAUGAAGAAGUCCCCUUUGGAGCUCUGACAUACCUAACAGGGGAAUGUAACUAUGGAGGUAGAGUAACAGAUGAUAAAGACAGACGUCUUCUCCUGUCCCUUAUUUCCAUAGUCUAUAGCAAAGAUAUAGAGCAGGAGAAAUACAUGCUUGCACCUGGAGAUGACUACUAUAUACCACCACAUGGACCGUACGAGUCUUACAUCAAAUACCUACAAAGUUUGCCGAUUACCACACACCCUGAAGUGUUUGGACUUCAUGAAAAUGCAGACAUCACCAAAGAGAACCAGGAGACUAGCCAGCUUUUCAGUGGAGUGCUCCUGACUUUGCCUAGAGAAGCAGGAGGAGGUGUCAAGUCCCCUCAGGAAACUGUUGAAGAUUUGGCUCAGGAUAUUUUAUCGAAAUUACCAAGUGCCUUUGAUGUUACAGAGAUUGUGAAGGUAUACCCGGUACGUUAUGAAGAAUCCAUGAAUACAGUUCUUAGGCAAGAACUAACUCGGUUUAACAGGCUCACUGAAGUUAUUCGGAGCAGCCUCGUUAAUUUAGGCAAAGCCAUUAAAGGCCAAGUGUUGAUGUCAUCUGAACUUGAAGAUGUCUUCAACAGCAUGCUGAUAGGAAAAGUGCCAUCGAUGUGGGCUGCCAAAUCCUAUCCAUCACUGAAGCCACUGGGAAGUUAUGUGUCUGAUCUUCUCAGUCGUUUGGUCUUUUUUCAGGACUGGGUCACCAAUGGGCUGCCCACAGUCUUUUGGCUCUCUGGAUUCUUCUUCACUCAGUCCUUUUUGACCGGUGUUUUACAAAACUAUGCCAGAAAAUACACCAUCCCAAUUGACCACGUUGGAUUUGAAUUUGAGGUGAUGAAACAGGAGCACACAAUGGAGAAAAUGCCAGAAGAUGGGGCUUAUGUGAGAGGCUUAUUUUUGGAAGGUGCUCGAUGGGACAGAGAAUCGUUGGUAAUUGGAGAAUCACUUCCAAGAAUCCUUCAUGAUUCUUUACCUAUAAUUUGGCUGAAACCUGGAGAAAGUUCCCGAUUUCUCCAUAUGAACAUCUAUUCAUGCCCUGUGUACAAGACAAGUGCAAGAAGAGGUGUCUUAUCCACUACUGGCCACUCAACCAACUAUGUUCUCUCAAUUGAACUCCCUUCGGCCAAGCCCCAGAAACACUGGAUAAAUCGAGGCGUGGCAGCACUGUGCCAGUUGGACGACUGA